AUGUCUCUCAAUUGUGUUGUGAUUGAACCCUCUGCCUUAUUAGAAUUUCGCUCAAAACGUGUUCGACAUGAUAGUUAUCAUCGAAUAAAUUCUGAUGAAAUCUAUCAGUCAUUUUUUAAAACACAUACAUGUUAUGAUUGUAUGCCUAAGAGCGGCAAAGUUCUAUUACUUGAUGCUCGUCUAUCAAUUCGAAAAGCUUUCUUUGCACUUGUGUUCAAUAGUGUACGAGCUGCACUCGUAUGGCACUCUUCAACAUCUUUAAAUAUUGGUCUUAUUACAAUAAGUGAUUUUAUUAAUAUGCUGAUUGCAGCAUAUGAUGAAAAAUGGAAUAGUGUUGAGACGCUUGAAAGCUCAUCAAUACUUGAAUGGAAACAAGAUUUACUUAAAAAAAGCGGUAUUAACAAUGAAUCUAAUAAUCCAGAAAUAAUUCAACUUGGUCCGGAAGAUAGUUUAUAUACAGCUAUUUCACGAUUAAUUAAAUAUAAAAUACAUCGUAUACCUGUGAUUGAUCCAUUAACACAUAAUUUUCUAUUUUUGAUUACGCAUAAACGAAUUUUAAAAUUCUUAUAUUUAUACAUCUAUGAUUUACCUCAACCUAAUUUUAUUCAUCAAACAUUAGAAGAACUUAAAAUUGGUACUUAUGAUAAUUUAAUUGUGAUUGAUUUACAAACAAAAUUAAUAGAAGUUCUUCGUACAUUUCAAUCUUUACGUAUAUCAGCAUUACCAGUUGUUGAUAGUGAAAAAAGAUUACGUGAUGUUUAUUCAAAAUUUGAUAUAAUGCAUUUAGCAGCAACACAUACUUAUACGAAUCUUGAUGUUCCACUAUGUGAUAUAUUAGAUUUGAUACAUGAUCAUAAUACUCAUCAAUUAGUAACUUGUAAAAUGACAGAUCAAUUAUUUGAAUUAAUGGAUAAAUUCGUUACUCGAGAGGUGCAUCGUUUGAUUAUCGUUGAUGAUAAUCAACAUAUUGUAGGUAUUUUUUCUAUGUCUGAUCUCAUGAGAUUUCUUGUGUCAACAUUCGAAAACUUCAGUCGUACUAAUUCCAAUACAUCAACUAGCAAUUCGAUUGGACCAGUUUUUGAAGGAGAACCAAUGGAUACUUGA